AUGGACUUGUCGCAACUCUCUUCGAGCGAGCAGCUCGCGAUGCAGCGCGUCAUCGAGCAGAAGCAGAUGAAGGACUUUAUGCGCCUGUACACGGGCCUGGUCGAGCGCUGCUUUGACGACUGCGUGAACGACUUUACGAGCAAGGCUCCGACCAGCAAGGAGCAGGCGUGCAUUGCCAACUGCACGCAGAAGUUCCUCAAGCACUCGGAGCGCGUCGGUGCCCGCUUCGGCGAGGAGAACGCUCGGCUCAUGCAGCAGCAACAGCCGUAG